AGAACAAACAUGGCGUCCGUCGGCAGAGAAACGAGGCAACUCUUGUUCCUUAGACUCCUCAUCGCCACCAUCCCAGCAUGCACCGGGGCUCCCGGAGGUGUAAAUAAAGCGGGCGUGUUCGUGAGCAGACCGGAGGCCAGCGUUUUCCUGCACCGCUCUCGUCGAGCCAACUUCCUGUUUGAGGAGCUGAGGAGCGGCAAUGUGGAGCGCGAGUGUCUGGAAGAGAAGUGCUCCUACGAGGAGGCCAAGGAGAUCUUCUCCUUGCCUCAGCAGUUGGAGAACUUCUGGAGGCUCUACACAAGUACGUCAUCUGGGGACAUGGAUCAUACCUGUCUCAUCUGCGGUGGACCACUGCCUGUCUUCUCCCUGUAAGAACGGAGCCUCGUGCACUCGACUGGUCGACACCUACUCCUGCAAAUGUCCACCUCGAUACCACGGCAACCACUGUGACAAAGUGAUCGUGACCUCACACGGCUGUCGCUAUAGAAAUGGCGGUUGUGAACAUUUCUGUAGGGGGUUCCGUGAUCGUCCUCACCUGUGUUUCUGCGCUCCGGGUUACCGCCUGCACACAGACGCCAGCUCCUGUCUGCCCCAAGUUCCGGUGGCCUGCGGAAUGCGUCAGGACUUCAUGGGCCCCAGGGUAGUGAACGGCGAGAUCUGCCCCAAAGGUCACUGUCCGUGGCAGGCUCUACUUGAGGAACACGGCACCUUCAUCUGCGGCGCCGUGGUCUUGUCCGACCGAUGGGUUCUGACCGCCGCCCACUGCGUCUGGAGGAAACCCGCCGCCAUCUUCAACGUUACUGUGGGCGAACACGACCUGACGAGGGUCGAGGGCACCGAGCAGCACCGGCGCGUGCGGAAGGUUCUGAUCCACCGCGGCUACAACAAGACCAGCUUUGACAGCGACCUGGCGCUGCUCCGGCUGCACCGGCCCGUCAAACUGAGUCCCUUUGUGGUGCCGGUGUGCCUCCCGGCGAAAAACAGCACCUUCGUGAGAACCCUGGAGAACAUCCGGUACGCCACCGUGUCAGGCUGGGGCCACCUGGCUCAGAACGGUGCCGUCGCCAACGUGCUGCAACGGCUGACCUUGCCGCGGGUCCCGCUGCAGGAUUGCCGGCUGCAUACUGGACUGCAGGUCACCGGAAACAUGGUCUGUGCCGGGUUUCGGUCCGGCGGGCGGGACGCCUGCAAGGGGGACAGCGGUGGGCCCCUAGUGACCCGCUACAAGAAGACCUGGUUCCUCACAGGCGUGGUGAGCUGGGGAAAAGGCUGCGCCAACCAGAACCUCUACGGUAUCUACACCAAGGUCAGCAACUUCCUGGACUGGAUCGAGAAUGUGAUGUCCAGUGCCUGAAUUUGGGUCGGAACCAGGACAUUCUGAAGAGGACAUCUUAACCCUAACCCUAAAGAUAUGUCUUAUUUAGGAGAUGUUUUAUUAAAGAGACGUUUACUAGUUCUGGUAAAAGAAAUAAAGACAGGAGAACUUUCUGUGUUCAUGUUUGAUUAUUU